AUGCGGCAGCUCGGCGCCGCCUUUGGCGUUGGCGUAGCAGCUGCCAUUGCAGCGCAAUACAUGUACCAAGUCGUGCUCAAGCGUCGUCGCCACACCGUCCAUUGCACGUCAAUGCCGGUCGCAACGGCGCUCUUUGGAACAGACGUCGCUGCGCAGGAGCUGCUGGCGGAACAGAUGUCCCGCGUCGCCUCAUUCUUUGGCUCUGAAGGCUUUGACAAUAUCAAAAAUGCGUUCGUAGUGGUCGUGGGUCUAGGCGGAGUGGGUUCUCAUGCUGCGCAUAUGCUGGCGCGCUCGGGUAUUGGCAAGCUGCGACUCGUCGACUUUGAUAACGUGACGCUCUCGUCGCUGAAUCGCCAUGCAGUGGCUACACGAGCGGACGUGGGGCUAUCCAAAGUGACGGUGAUGAAGCGCCACCUUCUUGAGAUCGUGCCGGACUGUGACGUCGAAGAGAUGGCGAUCAUGUUUGAGGCCGAGUCAGCCGAGGAGUUACUGGAAGGCAACAUCACGUACGUGUUGGACUGCAUUGAUGACGUCAAGACAAAGUGUGCGCUGCUGGAGGCGGUAACGCGAAAGAAGCUGAAGGUUAUUACAGCAACUGGAGCAGGAGCCAAGGCCGACCCAACGCGUCUGCAAAUUGGAGCGCUCAAGGACGCUAUCCGCGACCCACUCGCUACAAAGAUCCGGUACUUUCUGAAGAAGAAAGGCGUCUCGUCGUCGGAGAUCACGACCAUCUUCUCGAGUGAGAAGAGUUUGUGUAAACUGCUGCCUCUGAACGCAGAGCAGGCACAGAACCCUGAGGAGUUUGGUAAUGUGGAGAACUUUCGCAUCCGUGUUAUCCCCGUACUGGGAACAAUGCCUGCGCUUUUCGGGCAGUCAAUGGCAGCCUAUGUGCUUUGCGACCUGGCUGGGAAGAAGAUCAGCCCCGAAGCGACGGCACGGCUGUCUCGUGAUCAGCGAAACAAACUGUACCAGAAACUACAGCAGCGCGAGCACGUCCUGUUCCACGAGGGCCACAAGAUGGAGCUGCAGAAGGACGACAUUGAGUUUAUCUACCAGGAAAUUUGGCGCGGAUGCAGCUCCGUCGGCCAAGCGAGGAACGGAGGUCACGAUCGACUGUACUUGUCUCGUUGGCGAGCAGAUCGACCGUUGCACCCGGACAACGUGGUGUACCUGACGACGAAGGAACUUGCUGUUUUAGACAAGGACGGCGUUCAGGGCUUUGACCCUGAAGUUGUUGCCCGCGUUGAUGCACGGCUAAGCCAAUUUGGUAGUUGGUCUGUCCCGCAGUAG